CCGUCUGUUUUGCUAUCCUUUCUGAGAGAGCGGGAGCCUUUUAGGGCAGCGAUCCCACGGUGAAAAGGGAGGGGGAGUCGUAGGGGACCCUGGCCCUUGCCCCAGCUAGAGAGGGAAGAGAGUUUGGCUGGCUUGCGGGCGAGAGCGUCCGUUCCCUUUCCACAGCGGAGGGGCGGAUGGAUGGGCUUCUGACUCCCAGGGAGUCCGCAGAAUUCAUUGCGGAGAACAGUCGAGAUGUGUUCAUUGACAGCGGAGGCGUGCGGAGGGUGGCCGAGCUUCUGUUGGCCAAGGCCGCGGGGCCUGAGCUGCGCGUGGUGGCCUGGAAGGCCCUUCACGAAUUGAACCCCAAGGCGGCCGACGAGGCCGCCGUUAACUGGGUGUUCGUGACAGACACGCUCAACUUCUCCUUCUGGUCGGAGAGUGACGAGCACAAAUGUCUGGUGGGGUACGGGGGGAAGACGUACAGUGGGUACUGGUCCCUGUGCGCCGCGGUCAACAGAGCCCUGGACGAAGGGAUACCAAUAACUAGUGCUUCGUACUAUGCCACAGUGACCCUGGAUGAGGUUCGGCAUAUUCUCCGUUCUGACACAGACGUCCCCAUGCCUUUGAUAGAAGAGAGGCAUCGGAUUCUCAAUGAAACCGGGAAAAUUCUGCUUGAGAAAUUUGAAGGCUCUUUUCUUAAUUGUGUCCGAAAAAGUGAUAAAAGUGCUCAGAAGUUAUUGCACCUAGUAGUUGAAAGCUUUCCUUCUUAUAGAGAUGUGACUCAGUUUGAGGGGAAAAGAAUUUCUCUUUACAAACGGGCCCAAAUCCUUGUGGCAGAUACGUGGAGUGUAUUAGAGGGAAAAGGAGACGGCUGCUUUAAGGACAUCUCCAGAAUCACCAUGUUUGCUGACUAUAGAUUACCUCAGGUUCUUGUUUACCUGGGAGCCCUGAAAUACUCUGAUGAACUACUGGAGAAGCUUCUCAAAGGAGAAGUGCUUUCGUAUGGGAAUAGGCAAGAGGUGGAAAUCAGAGGGUGUUCACUUUGGUGUGUUGAGCUGAUCCGGGAUUGUCUUCUGGAGCUUACUGAAAAAAAGGGUGAAAAAACUAGUGGAGAGAUCAAUUCCAUUCUUCUGGAUUAUUUCUUAUGGGACUAUGCCCGUGAUCACAGGGAAGAUAUGAAAGGAAUUCCAUUUCAUCGCACACGUUGCAUCUAUUAUUGACCCACAGUGUAAACUGAUCCUAAGAAAACUUGCAUUUUUAUAUCACAUAAUUAUUUGUAUAAUUUUGCUUUGUUAUUAGAGAAGGUGGUAGAGGUUACAGCAACAAGAAAAUUAAUUACCCAGGCUCUCUUAAAAUAUUUUUCCUGACAUAUCAGUCUGUAUUGCCAACUUUUUCCUUUUUUUGCUUGUUUCAUUUUGACUAUAUUUUCCUUUUCUAUGGAUACGUGACAGAAAUAGUAAAGGAAAUUUAAUGCUUUCUUUAAAUCUCAUUUCUUAAAAUUAAUCAUGCCUUAUAAUGUGAUUGAUCUUUGGUAAUAAUAUUUCAUCCAUUCAAUUGGUAUCUUUUUUCAAGGUGUCGUAAAAUGUUCUAUAUACUUUAAUCAUUUGAUGUAAGAGAGAGAGAAGGUAGGGUCUUUGCUGUAAGAAUGCUGCUGCUCUUGUAGAAAUCAAUCUUGACAGAUUUUUAAAAACUUCUUAUUGAUAAACAUAAUGACUUUCAAUUUAGGAUAUCUGUCCAGUUUUUUUUCUUCUUCAGAGUAACUACAUUAGAAUUUAUUGAAUAAAGAUUUUUUAAACUUCUCUU